AUGGAAGAUGAAGUCCAACUACAGAGUUUGGCAAAAAGACUAGUAAACAUUUAUAACGCAUGCAAAUGGUCAAAGACUAAACUUCACAUACGCAAGAAAAGACGCACAUUCAGAAAUUCGGAUGACCAGGAAUAUCUACAGGACUACACGGAAAUCGAAUCGGAAAGCUCGGCCAGGACCGUAUUCGUGUACGACAGAAGCAAUCGGCGGAGAGCUGACGCGACGCCAAAUGCAGAAAACGCCGGUCUGAGGUACUACCUGGAGGAAUCCGACCAAUAUAUCGACGACGCUCACGAACCGUUCCUCAACGAGCAAUCCGUCAACGUUUGCACCUGCAAGAGAUGCUGCUGCGAGGCUGGCAAUUCCGGCGCGGCUUACGAAUUCGCCGAUAGACGAAGGCCUCCCGACACCAGAAAGAAGAACUCCAAAUUGAUCGUGAACCUCACUCCCAGGAAUCAACAGGAAGUUACGACCAAAACUGGCGGUUGUUGUUGUUGUACUCAGAAUUACGGGACGAGUCCACCGGUGAAGAAAAAAUCGAGCAUAAAGCCGCCCAAACAGCCGUUCAGAGAUUGUCCAUGCCAGUGCGGUAUAUCUGAACCGGAAAACGUCGAGCCUAUUAACCAGCCUCCGUCGCCACCUCCUAACGAGCCUUUCAACCCCUACUACCCUCCACCACCUCCCCCUUUUCCCUUUAAACCUUCGAACUUAUCCAAAGGCGGUAACUGUCCGGUAACUUGUCCAGGGUAUGCGCAGCGAAGAAGAAACGAAAACUCUUGUUGCUGCCAGUGCGUUCCUCCGAAACCUGUUAACAAUACGUGCUGUCAAUGUUCCCCAUCACCUGUCGCUGUAUCAGGUUGCUGUCAAUGUCCGUCCUCCAAUCCCUGCCAGUCGGACUGUUGCCAAUGUCCCCAAAUUCCGGAGAACAUAUCGGAUUGUUGUCAGUGCUCGCCCGCCGCCGCUAAUAUCGGUUGUCAGUGUUGUCCCUUUUCGCCUUGCCGCGAUUUCGAAGAGUUCUUCCCAGACGAUGGCAACAACACGGCAGUUUUACGCACGGAUAAAAUCAUAAUUCCCACUUGUUACUUCAACGAAGGCGAACCACCGACGCCAUCCGGGAAUCUUUCCUACGAAACCAGCGAAGAGGUUAAGAACGUGAUGCUGGGCGAAAAUUCGAACGAAGAACAACGUAAGUUGAGCGACAAGAACAUCAACACGAGCUGCGUUUUCGUUCAGAGCUGUACGUCUUCGAUGAAGAAAGAAGCCGCCGCACCGCCUCCAGUACCUUCGACCGUCCCUCCGUCGAACAACCGACCUUGCUUCUGUCCCAGGAACGAAACCGUCGAUCAAACGAUCAACACCAGUUGCGCGGUGGUGCAAAGCUGUACGUCUUCGAUGAAAAAGGCGAUGAUGCCUCCGAACCUAUCGACGGAUAAAGGAUGUCAGGGUAUCUGCUGUAGCUGUCAAGCUAAGAUUCAAGCCGUUCAACGUCCACCUCCGAUCCAACAAGGUCCAGCACCACCACCUCGUCCUAUGGUUCAGAUGCCGGUGGUACCCGUACCGCCGCCCGUCCACGUUUAUCCGGUGGACGAAAGACCGAAAUAUCCACCGCAACCGAUAACGCCGGCGUAUGCCUAUCCGCCCCAGCCUCCUUUGUAUCCCAACAAUUAUAUGGUGCCGCCUCCGCGUGUCUUAGAUCACACGUCCGUUUUGAGGACUCAGAGCGAUCCUUGCUGCCAGUUCGGCUCGAAAGGAGGCGGCGAUGAGAGGAAAAUCGCUGGCAUCAACGCCGAUACAGAGGCGGAAAUUUAUGCCACGUUGCAAAAGCUCGAGAACACGCUCAGAAACGAGGCAGACAUGCAUAGUAGGAAUUUACGUUGUCUAGUGGAUCAGGUGUGCAGGCAAGCUGGUGAUAUCAAGGAGAUGAAAGUUCUUGUGACCGGGGUCGUGGAGAGUAGUAAAACGCCCACCUGUAAGCAGGUUGGGAAAAAAAUAAUAAAAUUGGAGAAACGCAAAGAGAGAGAAGCCAAAAAGAACAGGGAAUUAGAGGUGCAAGAACGUGAAUGGAGGAAAAAAGAGGAAAAGGUUGAAGUCGUGGAGGUAGUUUCAUCGCACCGGUGCUGUAAAUGCGGAGAAAAGACGAAGACCAAAAGACCGAUGGGUUGCUGCGGUAAUUGUUGCGCGAAACGUUGCUGUGGAUGCUGCGGAAAAUGUUGUGGCGGUUGUUGUCCCAAAUGCUGUGAUAAAUGUUGUUACCCUUGUGAGAAAAAGUGUCCUUGUUGCUGUGCUAUUGCCCGUUGCUGUGAUGCAUGUUGGUCUUGCAGUUGUUGUCCACGUCGUCGAAGAAAGAAAUGCAAAUGCAGCAAGUGAUUGCAUUUCAGUCAGUGUCUCAGAAAAGCUUCAACAUUCAAAUAAACAUUUGUCUUCGAA